UCUCAAUUUAACUUCUCUCCCUAUAUGCCGCAGUUAGGUUAAGUACGCAUGGCAAAACCUAUAGAUGUUUUGCCUGAGAGCUUGAUUCUUCAGUGUCUGGCUCGUCUUCACCUCAAGGAUUUACCUGUUGCAUCGCGUGUCUGUCGUAAAUGGCUUCAUCUUAUUGGAACUCGUCAUUUUUACUCCCUUAGGAAACAAUUGGGAUAUACGAAUCAGGUGGCUUGCUUGCUCCAGCUCAUUCCUUCGCAAGUAUUCUAUGAUCCCAAAUAUGCAAUCAACGUGUUUGAUCCGAUGAAUCGGGAGUGGAACCGACUUCCUCCGAUCCCUAAUUUCACCAAGAAGCUUCCUUGCACCACUUUGAUUGCUAGCUCAGAAGGGAAACUCAUUGUGUUUAGCGAGUGCGAUACGGAGAUUCGUGACCCAGAGAUUCGUGACCCAGUGAAGUCAGUGUUCGUGUUGGAUUUUGUGACUCAGCGUUGGAGGAAAGGCAAGGGCAUGCCUUCAAUUAGAAGUUCAAUGUUUUCCACCGUGACUUCCCAAUGCAAUCGGGUAUUCAUUCGCGGUGAAGUCUGUCGAGGAGAGGGUACGGUUUGGGAGUAUGAUGCGCGGAAGGAUGAGUGGACCGUGUUGCAUCGGGUGAGAGGCAAUGUGCAGAUCAUGGGGAUGAAGAAGUGUACCAUCUUCAAACUGGGAAAUGGAGGCAAGUUGAAUUGACUUGGGGAGAAGUUAAUGAGUUAUUGUCUCUUUGCACUGACUUUGAAUUGUAUGAGUUGAUGAAGAAGCUGUCCGAGAAUAAUAACUUCAAGGUCUUAGAAAAAUGUAGUCGACUUCAAUUGGGUAAGCAAAGUUUACUAAUGUCCCCCAUCCUCGAGGAGGGUGGUUAUCGUCUGGAUGAAUUGUUUUUCAUGCAGGACCAAGAUGGUAAUUUUGAAAGAAUGCAUCCCCCUAGUUCAAUAUUUUCGGAAUAUGUGGAAUCAAGUUGUUGUGUACAACUCUAAAUUUUGUAAAACUCCCUACUAUUUAAGAGGGUGAUCUUAUCUUUUGAUGAAAUGAAUGUUUAUUACACUGAAAAGUGCUGCAAUGAAUGGGAGGAUUUACAUAAUAUGAUUGGUCUA